CACGAAAUCACGCUGAGCUUGUACCAUACGGUACUGCAGCUAACUCGGCGCGCUGUACAGUGACUCGCAUCAGACGACGCUUAACGCGCGAACCACCAACACGCGAUCCCGGUGACACCAGUACGUGUCGUAUCCGCAGCAGCGCAAAUACAUUCCUCGACCACCGACUUCUCCAUCACAAUGGCCCAAAUCAAGUAUAUCAAGACCAAGAAGCCGGCUUCAGAAGAACCUGCCGCCGCAGCCAUGCCUGCGAACCGCAAAUCCGGGCGCAACACUGCCACAAAAGAAGCCGCCGCUACUGCUGAUGACGCUGUCAAACCCAAGGCCAAUACCAAGGUCAAGCUCACAAAACCCGCGCCCAAGACAGCAGCUGCGAAGACUGCCGCGGCGAAGACCAAUGGUGCUGCAAAGGGCCGACCAAAGAAGGUGGUGGAUGCUGACGAUGAAGCCGCGCCAAAGAAGGCUGCUACAAAGGCAAAGACUGCAACGAAAAAGACUACUACCAAGAAGGCCAAGGACGAUGCUGCAGCGACUUCCCCCGCUCCUGUAAAGACCUCCCGCAAACGCAAGACGGCCGACGAGACGACCGCUGCGCCAGCAAAGAAGGUCAAGCUUCUCACGAAGGGACCAGUUCUCAACGAAGCCCCGACACAGAAGCUGAAUGUGUACGUGUUUGGAGAGGGAACUGCUGGCGAGCUUGGGCUGGGUACGGCGAAGAAGAGCGUUGAUGUGAAGCGACCGCGUCUCAACCCAGAAUUGUCUGCGGGCAAAGUAGGCGUGGUGCAAAUUGAGGCUGGUGGUAUGCAUGUCAUCGCACUUACACACGACAACAAGAUCUUGACUUGGGGAGUGAACGAUCAAGGGACGCUGGGAAGAGACACCACGUGGGAUGGCGGAUUGAAAGAGAUGGAUGCAGCUGGUUCGGAUAGCGAAUCAGAUAGCGGCGAUGAUAAUGGUCUCAAUCCAAAAGAGGCGCUUCCUGCCGAGGUGGACUGGUCACAAACUGAGGUCGCAGAGGGCACGCGAUUUGUGGAGGUCGCCGCAGGAGACUCGACAUCGUUCGUCCUGACUGAUGAUGGUAAGGUCUACGGAUGGGGCACAUUCCGCAGCAACGACGGAAUCUUCGGCUUCACUCAGGAGGUGAAGGUCGCAACUCGUCCCGUUCUCGUACCUGGCUUGAAGAACAUCAAGAGUAUCAAAGCAGGCGCCAACCACGCACUGGCGCUGGACAGUAAAGGCGCGGUGUUUGCUUGGGGAUCUGGUCAGCAGAAUCAGCUCGGCCGUCGCAUUGUCGAGCGUACCAAGAGUGAAGCACUAUUCCCUCGCGAGUUUGGUCUGCCCAAGGGAGCCAAAAAGGUCAUCACAUCGAUUCAGACUGGCGCGUACCACAGCUUCGCAAUCUCCAAGAAUGGAGACAUCUAUGCUUGGGGCUUGAACAACUUUGGCGAAACUGGCAUCAUGGACAACGCUGGACAAGACGAUGCUGUCAUCAUGAAUCCAAAGGUCGUCACCGCGCUCAAAGGCAAGAAGAUCAUCACCAUCAAAGGAGGUGGUCACCACAGUAUCGCUGCGACGGAAGAGGGUGAUUGUCUCGUCUGGGGACGUAUCGAUGGCGCACAAACUGGCAUAUCCGCAGAGGAUAUUGCCAAGCUUCCCGAAGGGUCAACCAUCAAGGACGAGGCUGGCCGACCUCGUAUCCUCGCAGUACCACAAAAGGUCAACGCCAUUGAUGGACCUGUAUCCCACGUCACCGCAUCCUCGGAUCACAACAUUGUCAUUACGCAACAAGGAAAGGCGUGGUCAUGGGGAUUUUCCGCCAAUUACCAGACGGGUCAAGGCACAGACGAUGAUGUAACUGUCGCUACACUGAUUGACAACACUGCUGUGCGAGACACGAAGCUCAACGGUGCUACUUCAGGCGGUCAAUUCAGCAUCAUCACUGCUGUGGCUGAUGAAGCGGAGAUGGUUAACGGAGCAUGAAAUGACGUUUUGCACGAUUCACAGGCCAGAGGAUAGAUACACUGCGGCUUUUUCUGCAUGGCGUUCGAAUACUAGGAUAUUGGGCUGGCAAACAGGACCAUGUAAUGAUUCGCACAGAGAUAGAGGGCGACUGACCUCAUGAUUCGAGUCUGCGGCUUCGACUCUUCCCAGAGGGUUGAGUUGGCUUGCCCGAAUCGUGACGGUAGACUGGGAAUGGUAUCUUUCUGUGUUCUUCGCGGCUGUCGCAGGUAGCUUUGACUCACCGCCGUGGAAUGGUGGGUUUGAGUUGGCGAAUGCGACGAAUUUUCACUUCC